AUCCAAAGACCGUGGUGUGGGUGGCUAAUCGUGAUAAACCAGUGCUGGAUUCCACUGGAGUUCUUGCUGUUUCCGAAGAAGGUAGCCUUAAGCUGCUCGAUGGAAAUGGAGUUGAAUACUUCUCUACAGAAACAGGUAAUCUGGGCAGCUUCUCUUCCAAUGUCCUAUCUUGUGGUAGUGGUGGCACUCUGCCUCCUUCGGGUUAGGGCAGGGCUUAGCGGGAUCAACUUUGGUCACACUAGAAGAGGCACCAUCUCGGGCUUUAACCUUGCGAUGGUUCUUGGACGAGGCCUUCCUCUUCUUUCCCUUUCCUUGACAGAUAGCCAAGACAGGAGUAGUAGGCGGAUUGGGAGUUGGUGCAACAGACUUGUCUUUGAAGUUGCUCUCAUCGACCCUCAAGAGACCUUGGAGUUUGCUUAGGGUGACCUCCUCUUUGUUCAUGUGGUAGGUCAUCCUAAAUUGGUUGUACAUCGGAGGCAAUGAGUGAAGCACCAUGUCGAUCGCCAAGUCUUCUCCAAAGUCAACAUUUAACUUGCGAAGGCGGUCGACAUACCUUUGCAUCUUUUGUAGGUGCACGACGGAGAUUCUUUAAAGGCACUGAAGUUGGAGGAUGCCGGAAAUGCUGUAUUGAUAGAUUGUACAUCAAGAAUCACAUUAUGGGCGAGCUUUAAAACGGCAACAGAUACGUUUCUUCCAGGUAUGAUGAUGAGCUCAACCGUAAGAACAUUGACAUCCUGGAAAAGUUUAGAAGACCCUGCAUGUGGACGCUUUGUGUUUCAGGUAGAUCCAUUAACAAACCGAUACUGCAUUUUUGACUCAUCACUGGGUCAUUAUAGUUGGAAAAGUGGGAGCAUGUCGAAGAAUAGCUUUGAUGAUAAUCAAAUUUACCCUCAGGCAUUAAAAUUUCUGUAUAACACUCAAAAGAAACAAAAUAUAUCUCUUCUUAACAGAUCACUUCCUAACUACAACGGAAUCGAGCCUUACUCAAGGCUAGUAAUGAAUCAUACUGGUCAUAUACAAUAUUUUCAUUGGUCAAAUGGAUCAGAUUCAGAACAAUGGGUUUUGGAUUGGCAAGAGCCAAAAGAUAAUUGUAGCAGAUAUGGUGUGUGUGGCUUAUUUGGGAUGUGCACCCAAAAUAAGGAUUCGUUCACAUGUAGUUGCUUGCAUGGAUUUGAACCUACUUCACCCGAUGAGUAUAAGGCUCGUGAUUACAAGUCUGGAUGCAAGAGAACUUCUGAAAUUAUAUGUGAUAAAGGAACAAACGACACAUUCCUGAAUAAAACGAUGAUUAGUAUGGAUGAUACAACGUUACCCUUCUUUAAAUCAGAAAAUGAAUCGGAAUGCAUAAAGAAGUGUCUUGAAAACUGCACGUGCUUGGCUUAUUCUUAUAGUUCUCCAAACAAGGGAGAGAUAUGGGACCUAAGUCGCAAUGCAACCCAAGGCGGUUGCUGGUUCUGGGAUUCUGCCCCAAAUAAUCUUCGAGACAACGGUUUACAUAUUAUUUCCUUUCGUGUUUCUAAAGGUUCUAUCAUCUAUUCAUCAUAUGGAAAAUCAAAGCCUGAAACCGAAAAACGUCUUCUUGCUAUUGUUAUUGUUGUUAUUGUUACGGCUCUAGUGAUUUCAACAUUUUGUGGUAUUAGCUAUAUUUUGUUUAAAAUAUUGGUGAAAAGAAGUGAAAACAACCAACGAAGCAUAGAAGUUCAAUCUAGUGAUCUGAGGAGACGCAUCACAGAUUUACUUGAUCUAGAUCACUCAAAAGAAGAUGACAAAGAAGGCAUUGAUGUGCCAUAUUUUGAGUUGGAAAGCAUAAUGACUGCUACUGAUGACUUCUCAGAGAAAAAUAGGCUUGGAGAAGGUGGAUUUGGGCCUGUGUACAAGGGUAAGCUUCCUGGAGGGAAAGAAAUUGCUGUGAAGCGGUUGUCAAGCCUCUCUGGACAAGGUUUACAAGAGUUCAAAAAUGAGGUUAUGCUAAUUGCUAAACUUCAACAUCGAAAUCUUGUAAGACUACUAGGAUACUGCAUUGUUGGAGACGAAAAGAUGCUACUCUAUGAAUACAUGCCAAAUAGAAGCUUAGACAAGUUCAUAUUUGAUCGAACGAUGUGCACAUCACUGGGCUGGGAAAUGCGAUUCAAUAUCAUUAUGGGAAUUGCUAGAGGACUAAACUAUCUCCACCAUGAUUCUAGGCUAAGGGUUAUUCAUAGGGAUUUGAAAACAAGUAACAUUUUGUUAGACGAGGAUAUGAAUCCAAAAAUUUCGGAUUUUGGUUUGGCUAAGAUAGUUCAAGGUAAAGAUUUAGAAGCUACCACCGACAGAGUCAUGGGAACUUUUGGUUAUAUGUCACCAGAGUACGCACUAGAUGGGUUAUUCUCUAUAAAAUCUGAUGUAUUUAGCUUUGGAGUUGUAAUGCUAGAGAUUAUAAGUGGGAAAAGAAACAUUGGAUUCUAUCAAUCCCGUAGAAGUAUAAGUCUUUUAGGACAUGCAUGGAACUUAUGGAAAGAAGAUAAGCCAUUUGAGUUGAUGGAUCAAAUACUAAUGGAAUCAUGCAAAUCGAGUGAGGUAUUGAAGUGUAUAAUUGUCGGACUCCUGUGCGUACAAGGAGACCUUGAUGAUCGUCCAAACAUGACGAACGUUAUUUUGAUGCUUAGUGGUGAUAUUGUCACGCUUCCAAGUCCAAAAGAACCAGCGUUCAUUCCAGGGAGGGACUACGUUAUUUCCUCUUCCUCUAGUUCUUCUAAGACAAAUACGCAGUCUAAAAACAUGUUGACAAUCACUAAGCUAGAUGGACGCUGAUCGGGAGGGUAUUUAUUUUACCCAUGAAGUGUAUUUGUGUUUAUAAAUAUAUAUGAUUCUCACUUUUGACAAUAUUUUCUAGUAAUAGAUAUAUUAUCAAUAUUCGUCUCAUAUUUUGUAGAUAUGUUACAACUAAAUUAGAAAUAUACUUUUUUCCAUAUGUUGUAUGAACUCAUUUUGUGCUUAAGCAACCCAAAUUAUCAAUAAAGAUCAUGAUUUUUAA